AUGAAAGUCUUUAGCUGCUUACCACCUGCCCCAAAUUGGAAUUCUUCAAAGGCUGCAGCAAUCUCUAUAGAAGAAAACCUAUUCGCUUAUGCUUCUUCAAACGAUGUUAUAUUAUUAAACGCUGAAACACUUCAGUAUGUGGGUAGAUUUCGUGGGCACACAGACAAGGUGAACGCAGUAGACUUUUGUGACAAUCUUUGUGCUAGUGGAGGUGCUGAUACCACAAUAAGAUGUUGGGACGCGUUGACUCAGAAACAAAUGGCUAUUUUGAAGCAUCAUAAGAGUGAAAUCUAUGCUUUGGCGUGGGUGAAAGACAAAAAAUUUAUAGUAUCAGGAGAUAAAUCUGGUGAUAUUUCUAUAUGGAAUCCGUCAAAAAACAAGUCCAACAAACUUUAUUUUAUUCAAUCUCCAAUAUACAAUAUUGCACCAUCACCUACGAUUGAAAGUUCAUUGGCAAUCGGUUUUCAAAAUGGAGCUAUAAUUGUCGUUAAAAUUGACUCGGAUUUGAAUGGAAGGAUAGCGCGUCGACUAAAUGGUCACGAUUUUGAAAUUCAAAGCCUAUCAUGGGAAUUACCAAAUGGGGAUUGUCACACUGCAAGAUAUACUUUACUUGCGUCCGGAUCUCGGGAUAAAACCAUACACAUUUGGAACGUCGAAGAAGAAAGCUCAAUAAAAACAAUUAAUUUACCCCACCCAAUGCACCAUCUUACCGACCAACAAAAAUCCCGAGUGUGGGUUGCUGUAGCAUGGAUUCCGGAUCGUAAUAGUGUGAUUACAAGCUCAUACAUGGGUGACUUACUCAUAUGGGAUUUAAAUGUUUCAACUACGAAAUAUCAAAAAUUAAGUGGCCAUUCUCGAAGCGUUUUUUCAAUUGUGAUGUAUGCAUGUGGUACGAAAGCUAUAACAGUGUCGAUGGACCGAAAGAUUAUUCUCUGGGAUCUCAUCCAAAAAAAGCAAAUUUUUACCGUUUCUUGUAUUCACAAUUACGUUAAUGACAUUGACGUUUCUGUAGUGGAUCCACAUAGGCUUGCCAUUGCAAGUGGUGAUAAUAACAUCCGUGUAUGGGAUAUCGCGAAUAAGCAUGAUCCAUUUGGCUGCACAUUAUAUUGGAAAGGCCUAAAAAAUAAACUUACAUGCAUAAAAUGCCACCCAAAUCGUGAAGGGUUCCUUGCAUUUGGAACCGAUCUGGGUAAUAUUGGCUGGUAUGAAAUAUAUAACGACAAAUCCAAAACUUUCAAUUCUUAUCAUAAGAGCAAGGUCUAUUCUAUCCAUUGGUGUAAACCCGAAUGGCUAGGUCUAGGUUCAGCAAAUGAGAAUUCAGACCAUAGCUUAAUUAUCAGUUGUGGCGGGGAUGGCCAAAUACUUCUAAAUGAUACUACGAAACCAAAGCAAUCUAUGAUCGUAAAUGACAUGAUAAAAGAUGCAAAUCCUGAAUGGACUGCGAUUAUGAAGGAUAAGUCUGGUUAUCUACCAAAACGUACCGAAAUAGCGGUUCACCCAGCGGGUAGAUUUCUUGCUGUUGGUAAUUUCGAUGGUAGCAUCGAGGUUUAUGAUCUACCGUCAUUUAAAAUCGUUUACCAUAAUAUCGGCCAUCGAUCCAUAAUCAAUAAACUUGAAUGGCGUCAUUUAGAUGACGUAGGAAAUUCAUUUUCCCUUGCGUCUGGAGCAGAUGAUAAUUUAAUUAUGAUUCACGAUUUUUCCGAUUUAAAUAAAUUGAUUUCCACAACUACUGUACCAACUUCUUCAUGCAAACAUGUCCUUGAAAUGCAUAAAAAAGGAGUAACUGACUUAUCAUGGAGCCCUUCUGACGUCAACAAAUUGGUCUCUUCAUCGUUUGAUGGCACUGCUAUUGUGUGGGAUAUACAACAUGGUAUUCCAAUUUCUAUAUUUCGUGGCCAUCAUGGUCGGUUAUUAUGUACAGUUUGGAGCCUAGAAGAUGAAGAUGCAGUUUUUACAGGUGGAGACGAUGCUAAAAAGAAAGGGUUCAUAAUUAUUUUCAUAAUAAUUGGAAAAACAGAUUUCAGUUCAGAAAUUAAAAAUGACAUCGUCCUGUCUGAUGCUGUUACAAAAGAUAAUAUGUCGCAGCCAUUAGAUGAAACUAUUUUAACGACACUCGAUAGGAUAGAACAUACGACAACGGCAACACAUGCAACGAAAGAUACACCAGAGCCAAUUCAGAAGGCUGAAGUUCGCGCAUCCAAAAAAAAAAAGUUUAAGAACCUUUUACCUUUGGGAACAUCUCCUUCUCGAAGAAAAAAUCUUCAAUAUAGCACUUUCGAUAUUGCAAGAAAGCUAUAUGGUGGCGAUAUAGCAAAAGCAAUGGAAUUUUGGGUAGAUAAUGAGCAUAAAGGUCAAAAGCUAACCGAUGAAACAGACAAUAUCGAUAUCCAAGCUCCACCAUUUGUAGAACUGUUUUUUGUAAAGUCACAUAAUAAUUCAGGAAUUUCUAUGGGUCUAGGAGGCUUAGAAGUCGGCCCUGCUUUGCCUUUGCAAAUUUGGUCUAAUAAUUUUGCUGAGCUGAUUAAAAGUUGUGAAGAUAAUGAGUUUUCCAAUAAAGAUUGGAUACUUCUUGCCCUUAGUCCAUUGGCUGGCCGAGAUGUAUGGCAGUCCUUGGUACGCCUUCAAGCUGAGAAACUUGUAGCCAAAAACGACCGCCAUGGUGCGGUUUUAUGUUGGUUGGCAUGUGGAGAAGUCUAUGAGGCUGUUGAAGUUUAUCGCAAAGCUGAAAUGUAUCGCGAAGCGAUCGCUUUAGCAAAACUUCGUUUGAUCGAUGAGGAUCCAAUUUUUUCGGAUCUAUAUAGCUUAUGGGCUAUUCAAUUAGAAAAAGAAGAGGCAUACGAACAGGCUGCUAUGUGUCAUUUAGCUGCAAAAAAGGAAAAUUCAAUUCACCAUGCAUUAAACGCUUUAUCACGUCGUGGUGAUCCCUCAGCAUUACGUACCGCAGCAAGUUUAGCAUUGAUGCUUGGGGAUUCGUCUGCGAAAGAAAGAAUAUCGAGAUAUUCUGAAGAUCAGGAAAUAAGAAGCUCCAAAAAAAGUAACCAAAUAGAAUCAGAUAAUAUGAAACAGUUUGAAGAGUAG